GACUUCGGCACAUUUCAUAACCAAACGCUUGCGGUGCAUUUAUUUUUAAUUUUCUUCAAUUAAAGCUAUCUAAAAUGCGUUUGACUAACAAACUAUUUGCCCAGCAUAUUGGUUGGCAUUUUAAGAAGCACUGGCAGGUUCAGGGCAGACGAGUGCCUAGGGAGACAGGUGCCGCUGCUGAGCUGCUUAAAUUUGGCAUACAAGUAAAAUCUCCAGAGGAAUUGCUUAACACCAAACAUGAAUUCCAAUUCGUGAAUGUUGUGGGCGCACAUCCGAAGCCUGUUGCUGAUGACCAGUCCAAUCCAAACUGGCAUAAGACUGCCUGCAAUUUCUAUGGGGAUAGCACUAUUUUGAUCGGUGGACUACCACAGGCACAGGUACUGACGAACACAAUUGAAAUCAACAGUUUUCCACGCCAGAUCCAGGACAUCAUUCAGAAAGUUCAACUACCAAAAACUAUUGAUCGCGGUGUACAGAAUGCCAUAUUUUCAUCUCACUUGUUAGAUGCAGAGCAAGUUAAAUUACCAAAAGUGAAAUUGAUCGAUAGGCCUGCAUACAAUUUGCCUCGUUUGUAUGGCAUAUCACACGAAAGACGCAACCGUCUGUUGGUAAAUAAACUUCUGUCGGAAAUUGAAAAGUUAGCAGGUCGUUCGGUGUCUAUACGUCGGAAGCAUAUUGAUAAUGUCACAUUUCAAACUGUAUUGACUAAGGACAACGAUGUGUUUGCCUUUCAUAUUGGCGCAGAUAAAUUAAUAACCUCAACGAAACCUCUGGACGCUAUUAAAGGUAAAUUCGAUGGAGAAUUACCCGAUCUUUAUCCAAUGAAGUGCACGAUAUCAAUGCAAAAGCGUCACAUUUACACAGAGAACAAUUUUUAUCCGCUUCGAGCUGAGAUCAACUGCUCACAUCCACAUACCAUAUUUUCGUUCUUCAAUAAUAAUUCGGUGAGCAAUGUGCAUGGAGCUGUUGUGUCAAAGAAUCAAUUCCAAGCGCGUACAUUGUUGAAGGCUUUUGCGGCUGCCGCCUCAAGGGCCAAGCAAUUGUAUGGUAGUGCCACCAAUGAGGCGCUACCAAGGCCAAUAGUUGUGCAAAGUGUUCAGACAGAUGGCAGAAUAUUCCACUUUGGUGUGCUUCAACUUAAUACACUUAAUCUAAACUCUAGCAGCACAGUAAAAAAUUAUUGGUUUAAUCGGCCAAGUGUUGAGUUAUUUGAGGAAUGUUGCUAUCAAACUGGCAGGCCACAUCUUGAAAAGUUUGACCAUGAGCCUUUUCGCAUACUAAAUGCUUUCUAUCAUAAUUCUUAGUAUGCAGACGCAAUAAAGUUGAUUGUUAAAGAAAACCAAAACUAAUUUGUUAUUGUC